GGGGGGGGGGGGGUUAGACCCACGCUCACGCGCAGUAUCUUAUUACACCUUGCACACUCUUUUAAGAGGACCCACGAAAAGAAGCCACCAAGACCAGGAUUCUCAACAACCCCAGCAAUUUAUUAUUACUAUUUUUUUUAUAUUUCAGCUGGCUUGAGUCGUUCCAUGUGACCAUUAACGCGCUCAACUCCACAUCUUCUUUCUUUCUUUUAAAUCCAUGACGCCAAGUUGCUCGUGUCAUUUCCUUCACGCCAACUUGGAGCCAUGAACGCCUCCUCCUUCCUCGAUGCCACGCACGGGGCGCUUCUCCAAGGCAGCCAGACUCUGGCGGGGACGCUGGCCGCCUACUCGGGCAACGGCAGCGAGCAGGCGGUGACCGGCGACGGCGGUGCGGGCGGCGGUGGCGGCGGCGGCGGCGUGGGAGCCGGCGGAGGCUCCCUUGUUCUCCUGCAGGAGGAGCGCAAACUGCUGGUGAUGCGCGUGGUGCAGAUCGCCGUGCUGUGCGUGCUGUCGCUCACGGUGCUCUUCGGGGUCUUCUUCCUGGGAUGCAACUUGAUGAUCAAGUCCGAGAGCAUGAUCAACUUCCUGGUGAAGGAGCGCCGGUCCUCCAAGGAUGUGGAGACCGGAAUGAUCGGACUCACAUAAAAGGGGGAGCGAGGGAGCGGAGCCGAGGUCUUAUCUGCAUGAACCUCCUUUCCUGUCUGUCAAUCAGUGAAAAUUAGAUAUGCAAAACGGUCACGUCUCCUUCCAAGUGACUCCAAAGGAGUAGCCUUUGUGCGUAAAGUUUGUGCGUAAAAGCAGCCAACUGUUGACGCGCGGAGCGUUCAAGUGAGUUUAAACGUUGCCAACUUGAACAAAAAAACAAAAAAGCGACAACAAAUGUUUACAAGCCGUUACCUCACGUUCGUGUCGCGUUUGUACUUUGGGGUAGUUGUAUUUUCAUGAAUGUUUUGACACGAAAGCAUGGUGUGAUGUUUUUGCGGUCUCUUGUCUUCUGCGUGCGGAUUUAAAAUGUCCCCCCCCCCCACCUCAUAGUUGCGCAAAUAAAGGAAACACGGGACAAAUGUUGCACGUUUUGAUGCACACACUCGUUUUGGACAGCUUUAUGAAGUGAUGCUGCUGUACUUUAUAUGUUUGGCAUGCUCGCUGCUUGGUGCAUAAAAAGUCUGUUUUUGCACUUUGGAAACAAUAUGAUGCAUGAAGUCUUUUUUUUUUGUACCGAUGCAGAUUGCAAACAAUAAAAAAAUAACAAGCACAUUAAUGUUGACUGAUAGAUGAACGUGUGAUUAAGGAUAUGGAAAUUCUUCAUUAAAACACUGCAUUUUGCAACAAAAGCCAGAUUUUUGUCAUGAAAAAAGGCACAAAAAGGCUAUGAAAUGUUACCUAAAACAUGUAGUUUGCCACACAAACACCUUCUUUAUUUUUGGAUGUGGCUUGUCAGUGAUUGUCAGCUGUCCGGCAAAAAAAAAUAAAAAAUCUUUGGCCACAAAUCAAUCAUUUGUCAAUAAUCUGAAAAUCAUACAUUAAAAAGUAAAAGCCUGCUAGAAAAGAGUAACAACGCACAGGAAAAGGCUUUAAAUUCCCAACUAAAUUUUGUAAAAUGCUAAAAAAAAUGUUUCUCAGGAAAAUGCCCUAAUUUGGUCACAAAAAGUAGUUUGUAACAGACAUUUUGAGUAUUCUGUGAGAAAAGUAACAUACAUUUCAUGGAUUUUUUUCCUCCUUUAUAAAUAUCAACUUUAUUCCACAAAGUUCUUCGUAAUUAAAAAAAACAACAAAACCCAGCAGUGAUCACUUCCAGCACUUAGCCUGAUCCUACUCUCAGGCCACUUGAAGCUCCUUUAUUCCACCCGAAGGUGUGGUGAUAACCAUAGUUUGAAUUGACAUCGGAGCCGAGCUUAACGCCAAGAGGGACUUACGGACAUCUACAUUGGCCACCAAAGCCUCUCGGGGCGAAGGCCUCAUCAUUAUUUUAACACGCGCUCGAUGAGCCGAGUGGCCACCUUGCAAACACGCCCUUGCGCUCAGGCACGGCACGCCGACGUGCAAUCGAGCGUCAAAUGCUCACAAACACCUCUGUCCCCUGGAAACAGCAUGAAAGCAUGAAUAAAUAAAAAAAAAUGCGGCUGAUAAUUAGAUCUCAUCAGCUGAGAGCAGCUCCAGCAGCGCUCAAACAACAUCCAACAUGAUGAUUAAUAUCUUCUGUGGGUUGACAUGAACACAAAUCGACUGUAGAACUUCUAUCCUACAAGGG